AUCUAGUAUGGCUGCCGUCAGACUCACGACCAACUCUUUACAGUGACGACGUCCCCUCUUUAAACCCCAGUUUCCUUGUCUUCCCUUGGUUGGUUUGUGGAUAGAAGAUGCGAUCUUCGGGUAUAGAUUCUUGACAAUUGCUAGUUAUGGCUAGUCUUUCUCUCACUGGCUUCAUCAACGAACGAGCAGUUACCGGCAACCCGCUACUUUGUAACCGACUGUUCCGUGACCGUGUGUGCAAAGCGAAGUCGUUGUACAAUCGCAAUCUGGUUGGGCAUUUUGGCUGUGUGAAUGCAAUUGAAUUCAGCAAUAAAGGUGGCCAAUUUCUGGCUUCAGGUGGAGAUGACCGUCGUAUUCUUCUGUGGAACAUCCAAGAGGCUUUAUCGUUGGACAGCAGAUUCGAGGUCAUGAAAGGUGAACACCACUCCAACGUCUUCUCCCUGGCAUUUGACAGUCAGAACACCAAGUUAUACUCUGGGGGAAAUGAUGACCAAGUGUUGGUGCAUGAUAUCGAAAGGAAGGAAACGUUGAACGUGUUUCUGCACGAAGACGCUGUGUAUGGUCUGGCAGUAGAUCCAAGAGACUCGCAUAUAUUCACCAGUGCAUGCGCUGAUGGACGUAUCUUGCAGUGGGAUACAAGAGUUCCAAGUCAUCAAGAGCCCUUAGUGAUAGCUAACUAUCAGACGGCUUUCUACGCUGUGGUGCACCACCCGAUGGAACCUCAGUUCUUAGCCACUGCUAAUUCCAAGGAAGGAGUAGCAUUGUGGGAUGUUCGGGCUCCUCGAAGCUGCUUGAUGCGGUACGGCAGCGCGUACACACAGCAGAAUGCCAUGAGUGUACGCUUCAACCAGCUGGGAACCAGACUAGUCGCACUGCGUAGGCGUCUACCUCCCGUUGUGUAUAACAUACAGAGCAGUGCCGCUGCAAUACAGUUCAACCAUUCCGGCUAUUACAACUCAUGUACGAUGAAGAGCUGUACAUUCGCUGGGGACAGAGACCAGUACGUUCUCUCAGGAUCUGAUGACUUCAGUCUGUACAUGUGGGAAGUACCAGAGGCAUCGGAAGAUGUGACGUGGGUUGGAGAGGCCAAGUUGGUACUACAAGGCCAUCGGUCAAUCGUGAACCAAGUACGAUUUAACACUUGCACCCACAAUAUUGUCUCGUCUGGUGUGGAGAAAAUCAUUAAGCUGUGGAGUCCAUUUGAUUUUCCCAACACUGAGAAUGAUGAGAAUCCAAGGCAGAUGUUUUCUCACCAGCAAUACAUCGAUCUAGUCAUCAACAGCGGCACCGCUCUAUCCCACGACUAUGCAGACCAAUCCAUGGAAGAGGAUCCCAGGAUGAUAGCUUUCUUUGACUCCCUGGUGCAGCGGGAGAUCAAUCGGAGCUUCAGUGACUCGGACGACAGCGAGAUGAGCCCAGAGAGCCUUUAUCUACAUUUUGCUGGCGAGGACGACAGCGAAGAUGGUAGAGACUCCAAUAGUGGCUCGUCUGUUGCUUCAUUCCGAGCCAAUGUGGUCAGGAUGGCUGCAGGAAACGAUGACACCAGCCCUACAUCACAGCUGAGAACAUUGUGGAACCUCACUUCAGCCACCAGAGCAUCGGCUCAUGAAGUGCUUGAAUUAACUGAGAGUAGUAGUGACCAUGACGAUAGUGAAGUACAGACAUCAAAGUCAGAACUGAUUGAGAAAUCAUCCGCAACACACUCUUACUCAGGGUUGAGGGAAAACUGCAGUACAUUUGCUGAUGAGAUUGCAGGUACGUCAAGAGUCGGCGAACCUGUUGAGAAUGGUGCUGCUCAUAAGAAGACCCAAAAGGGUAGUGAGGGUACGUCAUCAAAGAGGAAGCAUAGGCCAGUGCCAAGCAGCUCUACCUCCCCAGGCUCUUCAAGCAGUGACGAGGACAUGAACUUCCAAGAGCUUCGAGCAAAAAGCCGAAUGCUGCGUAGGUUUGUCAAGAAGAAGAAGAGGAAAGCAGGGACUGAUUCUGACGAGAGUCUGCCGAGCUCUGGACAGAAAGAAGUCAACACGGACAGAUUUAUCAAUCUCCAGCAGAGGAUAGCAAUCUCUAAGGUGUUACGAGGGAAAAUCAGGCAGCCGGGUGACAGGGUCGUGCGCUCAGGCGGUAAUGAAGGGGAUAUGACACGCAUUAAUGAGCACCUCCAACAACGGGCCAUGGCAACCCAACAGCGCCUUGCCAUCAGUCGUAUUAGACAAAGGCUCCAGCAGGAGAAUAUCCUAAGCCUUGGAGAUGCCCAGACAGAGGUGAGGGAAUCGAACAAUAUAUCACAGGACCAUCAAGAUGUCAGUAUUAGAACUCUUCCAGCAGGUUCUGUGGCGCCAUCAUGUAGCACAAUGCCAAACCAAAGAACUACAGAUGGUGACCACGCUUCAGUACACACGCCGUUGCAGUCCAGUGUACACAAUUCAAACUCACCUGCAAAUGUGACUUUAGAUUCAAAUCCGAGCUCUUCUUUUCACGGAACCGAACGCCAAGACGAGAGUAGUAAUGUUUUAUCACUGCUCAACUCAAACGACGACAGUACGCAGACGCCAAGUUGUAGCGGUGAGAUGUCGCAGGUUCGAGCAAUGACGGGAAACCAUGUAGAAGAUUUGCCAAAGGAUGAUGUCGAGGGACAGCACAGCAAUAAGUUUCAUAAGUUUAAGAAUCAAUCCAAAAGAUCUCAACGGAAGUACAGAUCAAACUCAGUGAAAAAAAAUAAAGACCAUUCAGGCACAGAGUAAAACCAUUGAUCGGUUUCUCACCUGAUCCAUUUAUGAACAUUUUUAAUAUUGUUAAUUAACCCGUAACCAUUCAUAUACCCCUUGCAUGUGACAUCAACACUUAAAAAGCGCCCUCACUGGGGUCAAAAGCGCCCUCACGGGGGUCAAAGGAAGGAAUUGAUUGGGCACUAGUUGUUCUUUGUGCGUAAAAACGUGCGCAUUUCCAUGUAGCAUUUCGCCUUAUGCAAGGGUUCAAAAGAUUUUAUCAAACUUUUUUAUUUUUCAUUUUUUACUCGUUGUGCAAGAGAGAGAGGGUUACAAAACUGGUUAGGGAGUGCAUGCUCACUGAGUUAACAUGUUCUAAUGUUUCAGACCACCAGCAUGUAAUGCAUUUCACUAUAUUAACUAACAUUCAAUAUAAUUGAUUUAUACAUAUUUAAACAACUACUUUAACAAAUUUUGGGCUCCAUGUCCACAGGCCUAAGAUUACACGUAGGCCAUGAGCUCAAGGGAGAAGUGGGGACUUCAUAACAAUCGUGACUUGAAGUAGUUAAAAUUACACAAAAUUAAGGGUACACGUAUGUAGUGUAUUAUUUAAGCAAUAAAAAUCAUUCCGUCACACGAAAGCAAAAUUUCCCUGAGAGAAUUUAGCAAUUAUUUUAUUAACAAAUUAGCACAUUAACGAGGCUUUGUACAACAUUGGUAAGAUUCAAAAUAUAAAUGAUUUGGACACAUGACUUAAAUGGUAUAAAGAUGGUCAUAGCGGGAAAUCUUCCUUUAAACAAUUUUGCUUUCAAUUCUUAGGAAAUAUUGUAAAAAAAUAAUUCUUUAUCAGGUACGUUCAACUGAAACCCGAUGUAUGAAAACUGUGAAACUGUUUUCUCAUGACUCUGAUGACUCUGCUUUAACUUUCACGGGUUUGUUAUUUAAUUUAUAUGUUGGGUCACAUAUAGUGCUGAAACUGGUUUUUGAAAUUUACCAAUGUUAUACAUAUGCUUUAACACCCAUAUUAAAGAAUUAUUUUAUAUGGACCACUCGCUGGUCAUUAAACAAUUCACAUUAUUAAAAAAACACUCAUUUUUCUACUACCGGUAAUAUUUCCCCUGCACUAUGUAUGUAGGAGUGUCGUGGCCGAGCGGUUAAGAGCAACGAAUUCAAACUCUGGUGUUUCUGAUCAGCAGAGUGUGGGUUCGAA